GGCAACCCGUGGCUGAGGGUGAAUAUUUAUCAUCUGUUACCGACAUCAAAUUAAACGACGAGUUUAUCUGUGCGGUGAUGGAAGGCAAGGCUAGGCUUCAUCGGAUCCUCAACUCCGAGUCAGGACCCGCGAUGACUUUCCCGGAACCGGCGAGAAAUUCUCGACUACUUGCAGCAGCGCUUUCAAAUCACUUUCUUGUCUUUCAGUACAGAGUGAUAUAUCGCAUACAAACCGCCAUAUCGACAGACUUUGCCCACACAGAUCAGGAGGGACUGCGGGUCGCCAUUUUUGACGAAAGGGCUCAAACAUGGGUUUAUAGUCCUGUGGACGACUCUAUGCACAAGUUACCGGCUGUCGGUUCUGCUAUACAUUACAAAGCGGCACUGUGGGAAACAUUCACUAUCGACCGAGACACAUUUGUUGUCUACGACAACUCCAACAUCUACGUCUACUUGCUGAAUCGAAGCCCUAUAGAAGAUGAGUCCGUAAUUUACGUUGGCAGUACCAAGCUCCCUUACGCUCACGCACCGCUUAUGCUUAGCAAGCAAGAGGACAAGAAGACGAAACAUGGACAUAACAAUAGCACGAACGGAUCGAAGUCAGCUGAGACCAGGAAAUCAAUUCUAACAUUCAUAUUUAUACCGAAAAAUACCUAA